CACAAGAACGCGGCAGUACGGCGUCAGUGUGCGAUUCAAGUGAGUUAUCUUAUAGAGAUUUUGGGCGCGAAUAGGGUGCUACAAACAGGAGCUGGUCAGCGUGUUUGCGGCAUCUCCUCUUGGAGUUCCAUGUCGGCUGUCUGUGGCGCCAAUCCAAACACCAGUGCGUUCACUACUAUCGCUAGCGCCUCCUCACAAUCCAUCACUGAACGAGUGAUCGUUGCUCUUGGUAAAUUCCUUCUCGACAGCAAUCAAGAGACCAGGUAUCCUCUUCAUUACUUUCUUUCAUCUUAUAAUUCUUCCCUUUGA